GGAAUUUGCUAGCAGGAAUUGAAAUAAGUUUUCUGUCAUUUUGUCACAGGACCUACAGGUGCUUGCAGAAGGAAUCUGGUCCCUGAGGAGCUGGACUGAACGUAAAGAUGAGUCCGGCAGAUGCACUUGAUGAUGAAAAUACCUUUAAAAUCUUAGUAGCAACGGAUAUUCACCUUGGAUUUAUGGAGAAAGAUGGAAUCAGAGGAAAUGAUACGUUUGUCACACUCGAUGAAAUUUUAAGACUUGCCCAGGAAAAUGAAGUGGAUUUUAUUUUGUUAGGUGGUGAUCUUUUUCAUGAGAAUAAGCCAUCAAGAAAAACAUUACAUACCUGCCUGGAGUUACUAAGGAAAUACUGCAUGGGUGAUCGUCCUGUACAGUUUGAAAUUAUUAGUGACCAGUCAGUCAACUUCGGUUUUAGUAAGUUUCCAUGGGUGAACUACCAAGAUGGCAAUCUCAACAUUUCAAUUCCAGUGUUUAGUAUUCAUGGCAACCAUGAUGAUCCCACAGGGGCAGAUGCACUCUGUGCCCUGGAUGUUUUAAGUUGUGCAGGAUUGGUAAACCACUUUGGACGUUCAAUGUCUGUGGAGAAGAUAGAAAUUAGUCCAGUUUUGCUUCAAAAAGGAAGUACAAAAAUUGCAUUAUAUGGCUUAGGCUCUAUUCCAGAUGAAAGGCUCUAUCGAAUGUUCGUGAAUAAAAAUGUAACAAUGUUGAGACCAAAAGAAGAUGAGAACUCUUGGUUUAACUUAUUUGUGAUUCAUCAGAACAGGAGUAAACAUGGAAGCACUAACUUCAUUCCAGAACAAUUUUUGGAUGACUUCAUUGACCUUGUUAUUUGGGGCCAUGAACAUGAGUGUAAAAUAGCUCCAACCAAGAAUGAACAACAGCUCUUUUAUGUGUCACAGCCUGGAAGUUCUGUGGUUACUUCUCUUUCCCCAGGAGAAGCUGUAAAGAAACAUGUUGGUUUGCUGCGUAUUAAGGGGAGGAAAAUGAACAUGCACAAAAUUCCUCUUCACACGGUGCGACAGUUUUUUAUGGAAGAUGUUGUUCUGGCUAAUCAUCCAGACCUUUUUAACCCAGAUAAUCCUAAAGUAAUUCAAGCCAUACAGAGCUUCUGUUUAGAGAAGAUUGAAGAAAUGCUUGACAAUGCAGAACGGGAACGUCUGGGAAAUUCACGGCAGCCAGAGAAGCCUCUUAUACGACUGCGAGUGGACUAUAGUGGAGGCUUUGAACCUUUCAGUGUACUUCGCUUUAGCCAGAAAUUUGUGGAUCGAGUAGCUAAUCCAAAAGAUGUCAUCCAUUUUUUCAGGCAUAGAGAACAAAAGGAAAAAACGGGAGAAGAGAUCAACUUUGGGAAACUUAUCACAAGACCUACAUCAGAAGGAACAACUCUAAGGGUUGAAGACCUUGUGAAACAGUAUUUUCAAACUGCAGAGAAGAAUGUGCAGCUCUCACUCCUAACAGAAAGGGGAAUGGGUGAAGCAGUACAAGAAUUUGUGGAUAAGGAAGAGAAAGAUGCCAUAGAAGAAUUAGUGAAAUACCAGUUGGAAAAAACACAGCGAUUUCUUAAAGAACGCCAUAUCGAUGCCACAGAAGACAAAAUUGAUGAAGAGGUACGUUGUUUCAGAGAAAGCAGACAAAGAAAUUCUAAUGAAGAAGAUGAUGAAGUUCGAGAGGCUAUGAAUAGGGCCAGAGCCCACAGAUCUCAGGCAGAGAACUCUGCUUCUGCCUUUAGUGCUGAUGACCUCAUGAGUAUGGAUUUGGCAGAAGAGAUAGCUGAUGACUCAGAUGAUAGCAUCCAAGCAGCAUCCAACAAAGGAAGAGGCCGGGGAAGAGGUCAAAGAGGAGGAAGAGGGCAGAAUUCUGCAUCAAGAGGAGGGUCUCAAAGAGGAAGAGCUAGCACUCGUCUGGAGACUUCUACUCGAAGCAGAAGUUCAAAGCCCACUACGUCAGCAUCAUCUAGAAAUAUGUCUAUUAUAGAUGCCUUUAAAUCUACAAGACAGCAGCCCUCUCGAAAUGUUCCUACUAAGAAUUAUUCUGAGGUGAUUGAGAUGGAUGAGUCAGACAUGGAAGAAGACAUUUUUCCUACCUCCUCAAAAACAGAUCAGAGGUAG